UACUUUGCAAGUGGAAUGUGUGUAACGUCAGCAAAGUAUCCGAGCCGCAUUUGUACACAGGUACUGAUCGCGUACGGAACGAGCAUCCAGAUCCUUAUUCUGAGCCGAUGUCCUCCUUCGAGUUCGACGUCCCGCUCUGCCGGAAAAUCUGCCUCUUCCUCAAAGACUAUGGUAAAUCGGCUUCCUUUUUGGAAAAUUAAAGGGUUGGAAUGGAAGUACGUGGAAUUCAUAGUGGACGUGGCUCUACUGCCUCUUGAGUGGUUUGGCGACGCAUACGUGUACCUCCCACUCUCCGUGCUGCAAGCCCUUUUCCGAAAGCUGUGCAUGAAUAUCGACAUAGGCUGUCAUCUGAUGAACACGUUGGAUGGUGUGAAUGCAAAAAGUAUUGCUGCUUACAUCAUGCAUCUCGUUAGAAGUUGUGGUUGUACCGGGCAUAACCAAGAGGAAUUUGCCUUAAGACUGUAUUUCUAAGGAGAGAAAGAGAAGUAACCAUCGGCAGGAUCAGGAAACCUCUUGAGUUAAUUAUAACAAAAAGAAAAAAAAAAAAUCACAUCAGAAUAUAUUUGUUCACCAACAAAACAAAAUAUUUUUUUGUUACGAAAGCAAAGACAUUUUACACAUUUUCAUGGACAGAUAUUCAUGUAUAAAAAUUAGUGUGUGUGUCUGUGUGUGUUGGGGGUGGGGGUGGGGGUGCACGUGCGUGUGUGAGUGCGUAUGUGUGUUUAUAUACAUAUCUAUGGUGUACGAAUAUAAGGAUAGAAGAUUUCACUCUUUAUUGUAAACACUGGAUAUUAGACUAUACGUGUCUCCUUUCCCUGAAUUUCGCUCUUUUGUUUUUCUGAUUUACAGACGAUCUUGUACACAAUAAAAAGCGUGCUACACAAAAA